UAGCAUCGAAGAACAAGUAGCUAUUUUUUUGUUGACAAUUGGACACAAUGAACGGAAUCGUGCCACGUAGAAUACUUUUCAGCAUUCUAGACAAACAAUAAGUAAGUAUGUCAGUUGUGUACUACGAGUAAUAUGUAUAAUGGGUAAAGAUUUUGUCAAUCGGCCCAACGAUGACGUCCCAACUAAAAUUCGGAGAUCGAAGCGAUUCAAUCCAUAUUUCCAGGAUUGUUUAGGAGCAAUUGAUGGCACUCAUGUACCUGCAUGGGUCGCAGCAUCAGAGCAAGCAAGAUUUCGCAAUAGAAAAGGUUUUAUUUCGCAAAAUGUCAUGGCUGUAGUUGGAUUCGAUAGUCGAUUCCACUACGUUUUGGCAGGAUGGGAAGGAAGUGCGACAGACUCAAGGGUAUUAUACAAUGCACUUGAUCAUCCAACGGACCCAUUUGUGGUCCCCGAAGGCAAAUACUAUCUUGCUGAUGGGGGUUAUCCGAACGUUGUUGGUUUCCUAACACCUUAUCGAGGACAUCGUUAUCAUAUGUCAGAAUUUGACACCCCGGGGGCACGCAGACCUAGAACUCCACAAGAAUUAUUCAACCAUAGGCAUUCAUCACUUCGAAAUACAGUAGAAAGAACUUUUGGCAUGUUGAAAGCACGUUUUCCAAUAUUGAAAAUGUAAGUGCCGAAUCCAUUCAAAAAACAAGCUCAAAUUGUGCUUGCUACAUGUGUAUUGCACAACUUCAUACUUGACCACAAUUCAAAUGCCGAACAAUUUGGUGAUGAGGACGCACCUUCAAUUGAUAAUUCUAUCGUAAGCGAACCGGAAAUUGCAAGCCAAACACACCAGCGAGGAAGCAACAAUCCCUUGAGAACAACUAUAACAAAUCAAAUGUUUGCAGAUUAUCAAUUGAAUAGACAACGAAGAUGAUUCCUCGUCAAAAGUACUAUGUCGUCUUCGAAGGCAGGUCACGAGGAAUAUACAACAGUUGGGAGCAGUGCCAACCAUUAGUGUAUCGCUACAAGGGCGCCCUGUUCAGAUCAUUUCAUACCUAUGAAGCAGCUCAAUAUCACAUGAAUGAAUAUCUGCACAACAAAUACGGUGUGCAAUUUUGUAGGCCAUUGGACAUUGUCGAUGUCAACGCAACGGAAGAGAAAGAUGUGAUGAAGACAAAUGGACGGAUCUACAUUCCACUUUUCUGGAUUGUUUUUUUUUGUUACUACUUGUUUUCUUUGUUGGAUCUGUACUCGUUAAACUUAUGUACUGAAUGAGACACAUA